AUGCUAGUCUUGCAGUACAUCGCCGAUUCGAGCAGACGAUUUCAAACGUUUGUAGCCAACAGGAUAGCAGUCAUACAAGAGCUGUCAAGAACUGACCAGUGGAGACAUGUCGGCACAUCGCUGAACCCAGCAGAUGAUGCAACUAGGGGAUUACCUGUCCUGGACCUGGUUGCAGGAUCUCGGUGGAUACGAGGUCCUGACUUUCUACUCAGUGUUCAAGAACGGUGGCCAAAGGGAAAGGAACUGCCAGCAGUUCUGAACGACUUACCGGAGGUGAAACGCGAAGUACACCAGAGAUCUGUAGUUGCUCUGGCAGUGAGCAAGCAGUCAAAGUGGUCCCUCGCCAAACUGUGGCUCAGGUACUCAUCAUGGCACCGCUUGGUGAAAGGGGUGGCAUGGAUUAAAAGGUUCAUUUGGUGGCUUGGGUCCAGUACAAGGACCUCAGACCUGCGCCUCAAACUGAAGAGGCUAAGCACUGAGGAACUACAGUCGGCUGAGCAGACAAUUAUAAAAUUGGUGCAGAAAGAGGCUUAUGAGAAAGAAAUCCAAACUGUCAUAAAGGGUGAGCUGCCGAAGGACAAUAAGCUAUAUAAACUGGAACCUUACUUGGACGAGCGAACGUUGCUCAGAUCAAAGGGAAGAAUUAAAGGAACCCUUCUUGGGCGAAGUGGUGAGGAGCCAAUCUUGCUGCCUAGAGACCACCACAUCAGUGAAAUCAUAGUGCGGGAGAUGCACGAAGAGAGAGCCGGACAUGCCGGACGAGAACACACGAUGGCGUGUGUGAGGCAAAGGUAUUGGAUUCCCCAGGGCAGACGCUUGCUUGAUAGAAUCAUACGAUGCUGUGUAGUGUGCCGACGGAACAACUGGAGAAGUCGGCAUCAAAGGCAAGCUGACUUACCAAUAGAUCGUGUCACUCCUGGAAAGGCUCCAUUUGCUUACACUGGAACGGACUGUUUUGGUCCAUUCAUUAUCAAGGUAGGGAGGAAACAGGUUAAGCGCUGGGGAUGUCUGUUUACAUGUCUAACUAUUAGGGCUGUUCAUCUAGAAGUCUUGGCCUCAUUAGACGCAGAUGCCUUCCUCAACGCAAUAACAAGGUUCUCACGACGCAGAGGUACACCAGAGCGUAUUAGGUCGGAUAAUGGGACAAACAUGGUACGGGCAGCCAAAGAGCUCAAACUGGCAGUGAAAAGUUGGGAACAAGAUGACAGACUCAGAGGUGCCUUACUGAAAGCAGAUAUUGACUGGGUCUUCAAUCCACCAGCUGCCCCAUACAUGGGGGGAGUAUGGGAAAGGCAGAUUCGCACAGUGAAGAAGGUUCUGCAGGCGAUUGUGGGCUCACAAGUUUUAGACGAUGAACGUCUGCAAACACUGUUCUGUGAAGUGGAAGCCAUAGUUAACGAGAGGCCAAUCACCCCAGUUCCAAACACGCCAAAUGAACCAAAGGCUCUCACUCCUGCUGAUCUUUUGCACUUAAGUCAAAAGGGUAAUCUUCCCUUAGGUGGAAGGUCAAUAGGCGAAUCAUACCACAGAAGGUGA